GGGGCUUUUAAUUUUUUUUUUCUCUCGCAUGUUGUAGUCCAUUUCCGCAGGCCAUCUGUUUCAACUGGUUUAUUUUUCGGUCCCAGUUUCUUCGAGUAGGUUGACUGCCGAUGAAUGAUUAAAGAAAAAGCCCUUCGAAUUGGAUUCAUUGGUUGUGGAAAGAUGGCCCAGGCUUUAGCUAAAGGAUUUAUUGCGUCUGGGAUCACACGAUCCGAAAAUAUAAUUGGAAGUUCCCCUAGGGUAGAUUCAACGUUCAUCGAGGAAUUCUCGGCCAUUGGUUGUUCCACUACACAUGAAAACGCACAGGUCGUCGAACAAGCAGAUGUUGUUAUUGUUGCAACAAAACCUCCUUUGGUGCCAAAAGUUCUCACUGAAAUAAAUCCAGUGGUAAACGGGGACAAUCUUAUUGUAUCCAUCGCCAUGGGCAUUCCUUUGAUAAAUCUUGAACAGAUGCUGCCAAGGAAAACAAGAGUCAUCCGAGUAAUGCCAAAUACGCCUGUGUUAGUUCGUUCUGGGGCGAGCGUGUUUAGCUGCGGAACGUCUACGAGAUCUGGAGAUGCAACGUUGACCAAGCGCUUAUUCACAGCUGUGGGUGUUUGUGAGGAAGUACCGGAAGUGCUUAUUGACGCUUGCACAGGCCUUUCUGGAUCAGGCCCAGCCUACAUGUACAUAGCUAUGGAAGCCCUGGCCGAUGGAGGUGUAAAAAUGGGAAUUCCUAGGGACCUAGCGUACAAACUCUCAGCACAGACAUUGAUUGGUGCUGCGAAAAUGGUCCUUGAAACUGGUCGCCAUCCUGGUGCACUGAAAGACGACGUUUGUAGUCCUGCUGGAUCCACUAUUCAAGCUGUCUACUUCCUCGAAAAAUCGGGAUUUCGCUCAAGUCUUAUGGAGGCAGUCCAAGCCGCAACGCUGAAAUCCAAGCAAACAGGAAGAAAAGAGUAAUGAUGGACGGACGUCAUAAUUGAAAAUGAAAUAAUAAACAACUUGUCGUUGUGAAAGUA